CAAAACUCUUCUACCAUGCUAUGCUAUGAAACUAAUUUGAUUCAAAGUAAAAAAUGAAAAAUUGUUUUCAAAAAUAGAAAUUAGUGAUUUUAUAGAAAAAUUACUAUUGUUUUUUUGUUUCUAAAAACAAAAAUCAAAAUGUCAGAUGAGGCAUAUAUACCUUAGCAAAUUUAAGUGGUUUCUUCACAUUGUAUUCAUGCCCGAAAGUCUAUCACAAGUUUCUUGCAAUCUUCUUCCACAAACCUGUAGAUUUGACAAACAAUUUGAUACAUGUGGUCCAACAUAUGUGCCUAUAAAUUUCCUUACCUUCCUCUCAAUUUUUCAUCCAAGCAACAAAGCUCAAUGGCACACCACUCUCUCCUUUCAUUAGCCCUCCUCAGCUUUUUCUUUCUUGCCUCCAUCUCCAACACUAAUGCAGGUACAAUAACAGUCUACUGGGGCCAAAAUGGGAACGAGGGCAGCUUGGCUGAUACCUGCUCCUCAGGCUAUUAUGGAAUUGUCAAUAUUGCUUUCUUGGUUGUUUUUGGCAAUAACCAGACUCCGCAGCUGAAUCUAGCUGGCCAUUGUGACCCGACUUCUAGUGGUUGCACAUGGUUGAGUGAUGACAUUAGAGCAUGCCAGGAUCAAGGCAUCAAGGUGUUGCUUUCCAUCGGAGGUGCCUCGGGAAGCUAUACUUUGAUCUCUGCAGAGGAUGCCAGGGAAGUUGCAAAUUACCUAUGGAACAAUUUUCUCGGGGGCCAAUCAAGCUCACGACCGUUAGGAGAUGCUGUUCUAGAUGGGAUUGAUUUUGACAUUGAAGGAGGCACAACCCAGCACUGGGAUGAACUAGCCAAGGCCUUGUCGGAGUUCAGCGGGCAGAGGAAGGUGUACCUAUCAGCAGCUCCACAGUGCCCAUUUCCGGAUGCAUGGAUGGGCACUGCCAUUGCCACAGGCCUAUUCGACUAUGUUUGGGUCCAAUUCUACAACAAUCCCCCCUGCCAAUACUCCGGCAACGCCGACAACCUUAUCAACUCCUGGAACCAAUGGACCACGAUUGAAGCUGGUCAAGUAUUUUUGGGGUUGCCUGCAGCCUCAGCAGCAGUCGGAUCUGGCUACAUCGAACCAGACGUGCUUGUCUCCCAGGUCCUGCCGUCCAUCAAGACUUCCCCCAAGUAUGGAGGUGUCAUGCUUUGGUCUAGAUAUUAUGAUAAUGGCUAUAGUGCAGCCAUUCUGUCCAGUGUUUGAAGUCUUGUCUUCCUAAUAUGGUCACAAAAAUGAGCUUUGAUACUUUCUGAAACUUGAAUGAAAUAUAAAUUUUCUGCUGUGAUGAUUA